AGAUAUUUUCGCCCAUCUGGCGUCGCAAGAUCCAUGAAGUGGUAGCUCCCCAAAAUACAACUUUUGCGACGAAGACAGGCUGUUUCCCUCCGUCGACCUUCCGCUCAUACCUACCCAGAGAACCGGAUCCUCGGCUGGCCGACACCGCCCGCCCUCGCUCCGCAGCGGUGCAAUGGCCGAGCCAACCAACACGCCCAUGCCGGCGAGCACCCCGGUUCCGGCGUCAACCCCGCGCUCGUCUUCGCCGGCGCCGCCAAUUCCAAGCUUAACACCCGAGGCAACAACAACAACAACAACGAUCGCUUCCCGACCCGCGCCGUCAGUAGAACGGCCGAUUGUCCUGCACAUUGGCGACCCGAUCAAGUACAACCCUGAAACCUACGCCGAGUUCAGCCAAGCUUUCCAUGUGAUCCGCCCCAGCACCCGCGAGCGCGAGCGGGGCGAGUUUAUCCGGGCGCUCAAGGAGCGGCGCUGGGGCGAUUUCAGCGCCAUCUUCCGGCCAUUCUGGGGCACGGGCGGGGAGAUGGGCCGCUGGGAUGCCGAGCUGAUUGAUCUGCUGCCGGACUCGGUGCGCGUGUUUGCCAGCGCUGGCGCGGGCUUUGACUGGGCCGAUACCAAGCUGUUGGGAGAGAAGGGCAUCAUCUACUGCAACUCGGGCCUGGCGGCCGCCGAAGCCGUCGCCGACUUCGCCGUCGCCAUGGUCAUCUCCACCUUCCGGCACCUGCCUUGGUGCAUGGGAGCCGCAACCCUACCCUACCUCUCCUCAUUAUCCAACGACCCGUCCACGCACCAAAGAGCACGAAAGGCGUUCCAAACCUGCCACGCGCGCGCCACAGCCGCAAGCCACACGCUGCGGGGCCACGUGCUGGGCCUGAUCGGGUUCGGCAACAUCGGACAACAAAUCGCCGCAAAGCUGGGGCACUCGGCCUGGGGCAUGAAGAUUGCGUACCACGACGUGGUGCGCAAGCCGGCCUCCAUCGAGGACUCGCUCUCCGCCACCUUCCACGCGACGCUCGACAGCCUGCUGGUGUCGUCCGACUGUGUCGUGCUGUGCACGCCAGCGUCGGCUGACGGGAAGCCGCUCAUCACGGCUGAGACGCUGCGCCGGUUCCGUCCGGGAGCGCGCUUCGUCAAUGUCGCGCGGGGGUCGCUCGUCGACGAGGACGCGCUGGCCGACGCACUCGAGGCUGGGAUUGUCAGCGCGGCCGCGCUGGAUGUGCAUGCCGAUGAGCCGAGGGUGCAUCCGCGGCUGGUGAGGAUGGCGGGGUUGAUGGGAGGUGAUGAUGAGGAGGAGGGGGCGGGGUUCGCAGAAGGAAGGCAUCCCGGGAGGGUCAUGUUGACAUGCCACAAUGCCGGGGGCACGGUUGAGACGCAUGCCGGGUUCGAGGAGCUCAGCAUGAGGAAUAUCCUGGCUGUUUUGCAAGGGCGCCCGGCGAUUACACCGGUAAAUCUGCAGUACUUGGGCGCCAAAAACUGAGGGGCGCAGGAUUCGCAUCUCGAAGGAUUGAAACUUGUUUUAAGGGAGAGCGGACUGCAUGAUGAGACAUGUUUUUGCUUGCAUAUUUCAGGGGCAGUCGGCAAUGCUUGAACGGGGGAUUUCGCAGGUGUUUGUGCGCAUGAACGACGAGCAUGGAAAUUUCAGCGAGGCGAGCGCUGACAGCAUCGUUGUUUUCCAACUCAUGAGUCACCAGUAACUUACCGAGUAACGUUGAACCUUUGGGGCGGGUUAAUAUCCAGUCACGAGAGGAGC